AUGGACGGAGCGGGCUCCUUUGGCGCUGGAAGAGCUGGAGGUGCUUUCGACCCUAUUGCCUUUAUUCAACAACCCCAGACCAUCCUCAGAAUAUUAUCGUGGAUCUUCUCCAUGGUUGUGUUUGGAUCCAUAGUGAACGAAGGCUAUGUCAACAGCGGGAGCGAAAGGCUGCACUGCGUUUUCAACAAAAACUAUGAUGCCUGCAACUACGCCAUCACCAUCGGGCUAAUAGCAUUUCUUGCAUGCAUCUUUUUCUUUGUAAUGGAUAUGAAGUUUCAGCAGAUCAGCAGCGUGAAAGACAGAAAAAAAGCAAUCAUGCUUGAGAUCGGUUUCUCAGGUUUCUGGACAUUCCUAUGGUUUGUUGGUUUCUGCUUCCUGGCUAACCAGUGGCAGCGCACCACUCCAGAUGAGAUACCCUUGAACCAAGGAGCUGAUGCUGCCAGAGCUGCCAUUGCUUUCUCUUUCUUCUCCAUCAUUACCUGGGCUGGCCUGACUGUAAGAGCUGUACAGAAGUAUCUUUUGGGAACAGACAUGACGCUCUUCGUCUCAGACCACCUCGACAGCAGCACAACCAUACAGCCGUACCCCACCGCCCCGGGCGGAGAAACCGCUGACGCGUACCAGAGCCCACCUUUCACUGAAAACGCAGACUCCACCACCACUGCCCCCACCUAUCAGGUGCCAAUCUACUGA